AUGGCGCCCUCGGCGGACGACGACCCCGCGGACGCGGACGCGUCCUCCUCCGUCGCCUCGGUCGCCGCGGCGCUUCAGGCCGUGCUCCUCGCCGCCGCGCGCGAGGUCGUCGGUCCCGUCGCGGCGACGACCGUGCUCUCGCGCCCGGCCGCGCGCGUCGACGCGACGCAGGCGGCGUCCUCGCUCGCGCCGCAGACGGACGCCGCGGACUUCAAGUCCCGCGCGGCGACCGUCCUGUUCAAGGCCCUCGCGGCGACCGCGGGGCGCGAAAGCGACGCGGAGGAGGAGAAGGAUCGCGCGGCGCCCCGGGGCGAGUGCCGCGCGUUCAUCGCCGAGAGCGACGACGGCACCGCCGCCGGUCUGACGCUGUGGCUGACGACGCCGAUGGGCGUGCGCAAACGCCGCGCGUACGCGGACGCGCGCGCGCUCGCGGACGCGCUCGUGGAGGCGAUGGAGCCGAGGGCGUUGGCCUCGCGCGUCGCGGACGUGCGCGUCACGCCGGGAGGCGAGCUCAGAUUCACCACCGUCGCCAGGCUCGUCGCCGCGCGCCGAGAAGGCCUUCUCGCGUGCCGCGUCUGCGCGUGGCUGUGCGCGGGCGACCGCGGCCUUCGGGAGCACACGCAGGUGAGGCACGCGCGGACGUACGAGGACGCGCUGAGCGCGGUCGCGGACAACAGAAACGCGCUCGUCGCGUCCGCGGCGAGCGCGACGACGACGACGCACGCCGCCGCCGCCGCCGCCGCCGCCGACGACGACGACGCGGAGCCGUCGUCGUGGCGCGACAAGCGCGCCGCCGCGUCCAAGGCGAUGACGCACCCGGGUCUGCUGGCGUGCGCGCGCGGGGACCUGCGCGAGGUGGCGCGGCUCGUGAACGAGGACGGAUGGGACCCGAAGAGCGACGUCGAGGGCGUCGGCGUGGACGCGCGCGGAUCGUGCGCGCUGCACUGGGCCGCCGGCGAGGGCCACGUGGACAUCGUCAGAUACCUCGUCGACGUCGUGGGCGAGGACCCGCGCCGCGCGCAGACGAAGAGAGACCGCCGCGGCGCGAUGCACUGGGCGGCGAGGAACGGCCGCGUGGACGUCAUGCGAUGGCUGACGAACGCGGCGCGCGUGGACGCCGACGCGCCGACGACGGACGGGACGACGCCGUUCAUGCUCGCGACGUGGAAGGGCGGGUCGAUCGCGAUGCGAUGGCUCGUGGACGACGCGGGGGUGGACCCGACCGCGCUGAACGUGUUCGGGUGCAACGCCGCGCAGUGGGCGGCGAUGAACGGCGACGUGGAGGCGUUAGAGCUUCUCGCCGAGCUCGGCGUCGACGUCGGCGUGUUGAACCGAAACGGGCACAGCGCGUUGCAUAAGGCGGCGACGAAAGGGCGGCGGGGGGCGUGCGAGUGGCUGAUCGAUGUCGCGGGGUUAGGGCUGAAGCACAUGCGCGCGGACGCGGACGGGAACACCCCCGCGGAGAUGGCGCGGUUGGAGGGGUACGCCGAGCUCGCGUCUUGGCUGUCGGCGCGGAGGACGGAGCUCGCCGCCGCCGCCGGCGACUAG